UAGCAGUGGUAUGGUGUAAAUAAAGUUAUGUGAAUUUGAAGAGUGGGCUACUGAACAUGGCCGAUUAUAAAGAGGCGCCCUUGGCGACUCGUCCCACUAGUUUAGAACGCGGCGAAUAUUUUGAUCUGUCCUUGGAAAAAAGAAAGGCAGAAGAGGAAAGGUUGGCCCUCCGGGCCAGACUGAAAAGGGAAUACCAAAUUCAGCUGAACAACCCGCAUAGGAAGACGGUGGUUGAAGAUCCUGCCCUGACAAGAUGGACCUAUGCACGUACAAAUGUGUACCCAAAUUUUAGGCCUACACCUAAAACUUCAUUUCUGGGUGCUAUGUGUACGAUUACACCUCUCUUAUUCUGGUACUAUGUUUUCAAGACAGACAGGGAUCGUAAAGAACAAUUAAUCCAAGAAGGCAAAUAUGAGAGGAAAUUUCAACUGUCUUCCUAAAUAGUGUUUUGAAACGAUGGCAUUAAAAAUGAACUCUUGUAUAUUGAUUAAUGUAGUAAAUUUAUUGUGAAAUAAAUGUGUAUCUUC